GAGCGCCCGCCUCUUUCUGGAUUGAGCCUGUGCCAGUGCUUUGGGAGGCCCAGUUAUGUACCAGCCUCUGCAAAGGGGUCAUUGUUUAUAGAAACCUUGGUGUGAAGCCUUAGGACUUGGUAUGAAAGCAUUUACAAAUUAGCUGUUCGAAGCAUACUAGGUGAUGUGUCCCUAAACACAAUGAAGUGCCAUGAAUGCCCCCAAAGCCCCUGUCCCCAGCAGAGUUAGGGCAGCUAACUCCCACCCUGCCACUCACGGCUGCAUUGUUUUCCAGCUGAAUGUGCCAUCAAACACGUCAGCCCUGAGCUGAGAGAUGCAGCAAGGAGUGGCACGGUGUGGGAGGGCUGGGCUUGCCCCAUUUUCUGCAGCCUGGCUGAGACAUAGAAUCAUAGAAUCCUAGGCGUUGGAAGGGACCUUGAAAGAUUGAUCUAGUCCAACCCCCCUGCCAGAGCAGGGUCACCCAGAGCACAUCACACAGGAACGUGUCCAGGCGGGUUUUGAAUGUCUCCAGAGAAGAAGACUCCACAGCCUCUCUGGGCAGCCUGUUCCAGGGCUCUGUCACUCUCACAGGAAAGAAGUUCUUCCUCAUGUUCACAUGGAACCUCCUGUGCUCCAAUUUGUAUCCAUUACUCCUUGUCCUAUCACUGGUCAUCACUGAAAAAAGCUUAACUCCAUCUUCUUGACACUCACCCUUUACGUAUUUGUAAACAUUGAUGAGGUCACCCCUCAGUCUCCUUUUCUCCAAACUAAACAUCAUAAACGACAUAAAAUUGUAUCUUCUUGUCUUUUGGGACUGAAGAGAGAGAAACCUAGUGGAGCAGCCUUGGUCCAGCUUGAGGUUUUGUGUUUCUAACCAGUUCUGUGUGUGCCUGCCGCCCUUGGAAGCCUGGAGGUCUUUUGGGAGGGUGAUGGGGGCUAGGGUGGUGGGGCUGCGUGUGAAGAAUCUCCCCCUAAGAGAUCAGGGAGCUGCAGGGAGCCAGGUGCGAGAGAGCUGCUGCCCAUUUUACCUUCUGUGCCUGCCGGUUACAAACCAGGUAGGAAUGCAGCCAGCAAGGGCGUGAGCUUCAGGGAUAGGAGGCAGGAAGAGCACUCAGUCUCCAUCCACCUCUCCCGGCUUGGCCUUGGCCUUCCCCCACCCCUCUAAUUAUUCAUUAACCACAGCCCAGGAAGUGCUUUGCAAAUGGUGGAAAUUAAGCCCUCUGCUUGAGGCCUGGGGUUUGCCUGACCUGGAGCUACCUCCUUCUUAGUCUGCCUUGGAACAGGCGGAGUCUGGGGCCGUGCCCGUGCAGAUUGGACACAGGUGAGUCGCAGGAGGUGCUGCAGCCCCCAGGUGCUGCCAGCUGCCUCUGCAGGGCCCUGGUACUCACCCCGUGGGCACCCAGCCCUGUUGGGAAGGUGCGAGUCCACCCCUUCUCUGGCAGGGUCUUUGCUCUCCCUCCCAAGUUCAUCUCGAGAGACUGCCCUCAUCAUUCCAAUAUUGCUUCCUCUCCGUCAGUAGGACCCCUUGGCUCUAGCACCUCCCACAUCUGCUGCUGUCAGAGAGUGGCCCAUCGCGGGGAUCUGAGAGGCAAGAUCCUCAUGCCAUCCUGCGGGUGAGUGCUGGGAACGCUAGUCAGGGAAAGAAAAAAAGAGCUGUUGGUGAGAAAAAAAUACUGGCAGUGGGAAUUUGGCUCAGAAGAGAAAAAACCCACCUCCUUUAGGAGCUAGGGGAAAGCCUGAGGGCUGGGAUUCAGGGUGGUUUAGAUUGCUGUUGCUGUCACUGUUGCUUCUCACUUUGUUAAAGAGCAGCAGGGUCUGGAUACCCAGUCCACUACGGUUCCUCCGCCAGCCCCACAGAAUGUUGUACAGAGGUGGUCAGGUGGCUGGCUGACCUUUUUAGUCCUGGUUAUUUCUUGGCUCACUACAGCCUUCCCAGCCCUUUCUGAAACAGCAGAAUAUAAAAUCUCCAGGGUGAGUCCAGGCAGGUUCUCUGCUCUGGGGACUGCGAUAGCGUGGUGUAAGGAAAUGGGAUUCACACCAGCAUUACUCUGUGACAAGGAUCUGUGCAACCACAAGUGCUCCAACACUGUCCUGGCGUCCCAUGGCCUGACAGAGAGCACCUGGCUUGGGGAAGUCACAGGAAGAUGGUCCAUCUGCCCAUUCCCCAAGCCCAGGUGGGUUUGACUCUGCACUGAGUCAACACAACUGAGCUACAAUACAGUUCUGUGCAGAACAGCAAAACCUCUCCUCUAAAGUCAUCUCAGCACUGAGAAUCAGAAGUGACAAAUGCGGUGCUGAUUCCCAAAAAGGGCUCCAAAUAGGAUACCCCAAAUGUGAGGGAAGCACAGACCAAUAAAGCUGGUAUCUGGGUAAGAGGGUGGACAGCAUAACAGAAAGCAAUGAGUGUGAUAUUAAAGAAAGAGUCAGCACCUGCUUCUGUGAAGGCAAAUCCCAUCUUGUUUUCUGAGGGACUCAGCAAGCUUGUGGAUAGGGGAGGUCUGGCUGAUCCAGUUCUAAAAAAAAUGAUUUAACAUUAUUUUUUCAUCAAAGUCUUAAAAUAAAGCUACAGUCAUAGCAUAAGAAGGAAGAAGACAACCUUUAUCUUGGGUAAAGAAUUAGUAGAAAAUAGGAAAGAGAAGGUGGAAAUAAACGUCCAGAUUUUACAGGAAAGGGAAUGAAUCAGUGGUCAGAUCACAGGGCCUAACCAGAAAUACAGUAUAUUCCCAAAUGACCUGGAAAGAGAGCUUGGAUGGUGAGGUGACAAAACUGGCCAAUGGUAGAAAGUCAUUCAGGAUAACGGGGUGGGAGAUGACUGUGAGUAACUUUUAGAAGGGCCUUGUGAUAGUGAAUGGGUGGGCAAUAGAACAGCAGGUGAAUAAAAGUAUAGGCAUAUGUAAAACAAUGUUCCUGGAGAAAAAUAAUUCCAAGUUUACAUAUAAAACAAUGAGCUGUAAACUAAUCCUAACCUCUCUGGAGUAAGACUAUGAUUAUAUAUAAAUGCAUGGAAAUGUGAGCUUAAAAUGCUUGGUUGUGGUGAACAGACAGCACAAAUUGCCACUGUGUCUCAAUAUGUCCACUUGUCCCUGGUAUCUUGAACGCUGUAGUUCUGUGCCAUCCUUCAUCCUUAUCUACAAACAAUACAACAGAGCUGGUAACAUCCCAGAGAGGGACAGCAAACAUGAUCAGAGGUGUAGAAAAGCUCUGUGUGAAGAUCACCUUCAUGGGGUUGGAGUCGUCAGUCUGGGAAAGAGCUGAGGAAGGAUACAGACAAUACAGGUCUAUAAAAUCAUUAUCAACCUGGAGGGGGUAAAUAGGAAUCAGCCAUGGAAUUGUCUCUCUCUACGACAAGCAGAUGUGAAUAAAAAUGGGCAGGGAGCAGCUUAUAAGCAAGCCAAAGGAGGGGAUGGUCCUGUAGCUCAGCAGUGGAACUCCUUGCCAAAGGAUGGAUUUGAUGGUUGGCUCUACCAGUAGCUGUAAACAGAGGCUUAGGGAGUACAAGGGGGAAAAGAAACUGUUCCUCCACCCUCUAAAUCGCCCAGUUCCCCUCUAGGUAGUCUCAGAUAGCUGUUAAACCCCUUCAUAAGCAUCUUUUCUCCAGGCUGAAAAAACCCAGCCUGGCAAACCAUGUCUGCCAUGCUCCUGUGGUCUCACUGCCUCGGUGGCCUUAUACUGGAUUCUGUCAAGUUUCUCAGUGUCUUUUUUACAGCAAGUCAGGUGUGGGUGUCUUUUAAUUAACUAUUUCAUUGAUCUCCUCUAAACUUGUUCCUGUGCUAGCAGUAGCUUGGCUCCACAAAGGGUUUACAAGAUGAGGUUCUACCACCUCUGUUUUCCUGAAAGCCAAAGAGAGAACAGCGUAGGAAUAGUUUCUUUGCUGAAAACUUUUGACCUGUUAAUUAUAUUUAAAACAAUAUUUUAACGGUUCAGUUAUAGUCUGCUGUUGCACCCUGCAGCCUGUGAGGAGAGCAACCUCACAGACACCAGCCAUUUGCUUCUCUGCUGUGGUAUUUCCCUCUCUUACCAGCAGGAGCUCCCCCCCAGUUGUCUUUGGUCCAGAUCAAAGACGAGGCAGCUUGUGCAUCCAGUCCUUUCGUGAGCUAAAAGCAACCAGAAGUAUAAAUUCAUUCCAUAAAUGAUGAGACCUGGGAUUUGUAUCGACACAAAUGCUGAUAUGUGGGUUAUGCUGCACCCGGUGCCUUGUCUUACUGGAGGAUACUGAAUUACCUGGGUUUAGUGCUAACUCGUCCUUUCUCUUCUACUCUGGGCUCUUUGCUACCUUGUCCUUUUCCUGUUCCCCUGUGUCCCAUUAAUGUUCUUUUCCUUGGGCAGAUUUUCUCCUUCAGCCAGUUCAUAAGGUGUAGGGGUGCCUAGGUUUUAUUUUUGUCUACCGUGUCUUCAUCAUCUAAUAUUAUUUUGUUACCAGGAAUUCUCUUGUGGGACUUCUCCCCACAAGUUCCUGUUCUUUCUCUCUCACCACUAAACGCUUCUUCCCUGUGCCAUGCUAGACUGGCUCUGAUUUAGGUGCAAGUCUUUAAGGUGCAACUUCUGCAACUUCGAGCUACAGGUCUCUGUGCAUUUAAGUGUCCUUUUUUUUUUUUAAAAAAAAUAAAUAUUAGUUUUCAAUCAGCACAGCUGGAUCCCUGCAGCUCACUGCUGGCUCAUCGUGAAACUAGAAGCAUGUCAAAGGAAGCUGCUGUAGGUGCCUGGCUGCCUUUCUAACAAUGAAGUUUAGCUUCCCACUCAUCUCUCCAGUACUUCCCUUUGUUGUCAGUUUCUGUCUCGUCCACAGGUUUUCUCUCAGCCAUUGCUAGCUGCCUGCUUAGCUUUUUGCAGAAUUUCCCAGUCUGGUGGUGUGCAGGGAAGUCUGCAGCUGGUGAUGCUUGAAAUGAGAAAGUCUUUUGCUGUUCCUGCUGCUCACAUCCCCACACAGGGUAGCUGAGAUGGCCCAGGGAAAAGUCAGGCUCAUUUGCCAGCUGGAUUGCCCUCUUUGGCCACUGCUUAGCUCCUGUUCUUUCAUGAGACCUGCAGACCUUGAAACCAGUGCUACGGAAAAGGGCCACUAUGGGCUGGAACUGGAAACAACUAGACAACUGGAAAUGGUGGUUUCACCGUGACUUGAGUGGGCUGGAAGCUGAAGCCUUGUUGAAGGGUCGAGGUGUCCAUGGGAGCUUUCUGGCCAGACCCAGUCGGAAGAAUCAGGGGGACUUUUCUCUUUCAGUUCGGGUUGGUGACCAGGUAACCCACAUCCGCAUCCAGAAUACUGGGGAUUUCUAUGACCUCUAUGGAGGGGAGAAGUUUGCCACCUUAUCAGAACUGGUGGAGUACUACACACAGCAACAGGGCUCGCUGCAGGACAAAGAUGGAACCAUCAUCGACUUGCGAUACCCCCUGAACUGUUCUGACCCCACUACAGAGAGAUGGUACCACGGGCAUCUGUCAGGCUCUGCAGCUGAGUCACUUCUUCAGGCCAAAGCCAUCCCUUGGACCUUCUUGGUGCGGGAGAGCCUCAGCAAACCUGGGGAUUUUGUCUUGUCUGUCCUCACUGACCAGCUGAAACCUGGGUCUGAUGUUGCAGCAGCUGGGGCAACCAGUGCCUCUGGGGCCCAGCUCAAAGUCACCCACAUCAAGAUCAUGUGUGAGAAUGGACGCUACACAGUUGGAGGUGCUGAAACAUUUGACAGCUUGGCAGAUCUGGUGGAGCACUUCAAGAAGACUGGAAUUGAGGAGGUGUCUGGCUCCUUUGUGUACCUGAAGCAGCCCUACUAUGCUACAAGGGUGAAUGCUGCUGACAUUGAGAACAGAGUGCACGAGCUGAACAAGAAGUGUCUAUCUGAGGAGACAUCCAAGGCUGGAUUCUGGGAGGAAUUUGAUAGUCUGCAAAAACAGGAACCCAAGCACCUGUUUGACCGUCAUGAGGGUCAGAGGCCUGAAAACAAGUGCAAGAACCGAUACAAGAACAUCUUGCCCUUUGAUCACUCCAGAGUCGUCCUCCAAGGAAGGGACCCAAAUAUACCAGGAUCUGACUAUAUCAAUGCCAACUAUGUCAAGAACAACCUGAUCAGCCCAGAUGAGUGCACGAAGACCUACAUUGCUAGCCAGGGCUGCCUGGACACCACAGUCAAUGACUUCUGGCAGAUGGUGUGGCAGGAGAACACGCGCAUCAUUGUGAUGACCACACGGGAGGUAGAAAAAGGGCGGAACAAAUGUGUGCCUUACUGGCCAGAGGUGGGCAGCACAAGGGGAUACGGUCCCUAUCUCGUGGAGAACGCUGGGGAGCACGAUGCGUUGGAGUACAAACUCCGGCACCUCUGCGUCUGUCCCAAGGAGAAUGGUAAGGCUGUGCGGGAGAUCUGGCACUACCAGUACCUGAGCUGGCCUGACCACGGUGUACCCAGCGAGCCAGGAGGAGUGCUCAGCUUCCUCGACCAAAUAAACCAGAAACAAGAGAGCAUCCCAGAUGCAGGGCCCAUUCUGGUGCAUUGCAGUGCUGGGAUUGGCCGCACUGGGACCAUCAUUGUCAUUGAUAUGAUAGUUGAAACCAUCUCCACCAAGGGACUUGACUGUGACAUUGACAUCCAGAAGACCAUCCAGAUGGUGAGGGCCCAGCGUUCAGGGAUGGUGCAGACAGAGGCCCAGUACAAGUUCAUCUACAUGGCCAUCUGCCAGUUCAUAGAGACAACCAAGAAAAAGCUGGAAGUUAUCCAGUCUCAGAAAGGCAAGCCGAAUGAAUCAGAGUAUGGGAACAUUGCCUACCCCCCUGCAGUGAGGAACGUGCAUGCCAAGGCUACACGAAAAUCCUCCAAGCAGAAAGAGGAGUCAACUGUUUAUGAGAACUUGGGGAAAAAGGAGGAGAAGAAGAAACAGCGCUCCUCAGAGAAGAAACAGAAAGGCUCACUGAAGAAAAAAUAAGCACAUGUUGCAGGUAACCCCAGGGGGGUUUUGAACCCAGGGAGCAGGACUGGGGGUCAGGUCCAGGCUGGCCUGUCUCGCAUUUCUUGCUCCCCAGCUGAAACUCUGCCUCUCCCUUCUGUGCCACCUCCCAGUGCCCUGAACCAGGCUGCUUCUCAGCUCAGCUGACUGACUCGAUUGACCGACUCUGAGGUCCCUGACCUGUGCAGGCUGGCCAGGGCUCUUGGUGUCCCUUCAUCAGUCAUUAACAGAAAGAAAUCCCACCCCUUCUUCCCCUCGCUCUCCAAGCACUGGGGCCCCAACUCCCCUCUGCUGUGUCAGCUGCUUAGGGAAGAGUUAAAACAGCUCUUUACAGGAGCUACAGCUCUGCCCACUGCUGUGAGUGCCUGUUACGUUCCCUGAAGUCUCAGCUUUCAGAAUUCGGAGGCCUCUUUCAGCUUGGCUGCUCUGCAAUUCAAUGGGAAACUUCCUCCUGCCCUAACACCAACCCUCUGCCCUACAACCUCUUUUGUUGGAGCCUUCGAUUGGAUGCUGUAAAUAUACCAGAAUUUGAUGUGAUUGCCACGUUUUCUCUUUUGUAAAUAAACAUGUACUUGGUUGCA